CCCACCAUUGGAUAGAGCUAGAUCGGAUAGAUAGCACAUACCAUCGAGCUCUCAAUUCUCAUAAAACGGAGAACGAUAGUAACUCUCAUGUCUCGCAUUGGCCCUGCUGGCCGCCGCCGGACUGCCCUACGAACCUAUUCGCGUCGGAAUCUAGGAGGCCCCGUCGCAAAGCCCGCUGCUAUUGCUGCUAGGCGGAAGCUACCGGAAAACUCAAAGGAGGUCACCCAAAGCCCGCCCCUGUCAAGGGAACGGCCGGUUGAAAAGCCUGCAGCAAUCACUAGGCAGCCCCCGACGCAGAGGUCAAUCGGGCCGGCAAGGAGCACGGCAGCGGAAGCAAGAUCAAGGUCAUCACGUACGAAGACACAGACAAACGCCGUUGAGACCGACACAGUGGGCGUCUCCCAGUCAACAGAUUUUCGAAAAGACGACGAAAUCGUCGGCUGGAAAUUCAACCGGGCGACAAAGUCCGUAGACCUCAUCACCUACCGCGCAAGCGAUGACUCGAAGCGGCUCGUUCCAGAGUCAGUUGUCCAGCAGAAAGUGGCUCAAAAGGUCUAUGCCUAUUGGGAAUCCUUCAACCAGCCACGUGAGGUCACCGUGGGUUCCGAUUACUUCCAUAUUUUUGCCAUUAUUGAUCAAAAGAACUCCAAGCUGAAGGUUCAGUGGGUCGGGUACACGGACUCCGCCGACGACACCACAUGGGAGACCAAGGCCAAGGUCCGCAAAAUGAACCCGACGCUGCUUACCGACUACCUCGCGCGACGUGAGCGGGCGGCUGGCACUCAGACUACAAGCAAGCUACGCAGAGGGCGGAUGUCUGGGGCGGCCAUCGGCUAAGGUGCACAGCGGCCUUGAUGAGAAGAUGCUGAUUUCCUGCAGAUAUCAGGCCUGGCUGAUCUCUUGGAUACUACUGUUGACACUUAAUUCUCAAAACUCUCGGGACCAAAUUAUGAUUGUGAUCCGAUAUGAUAGAUGGUGGCUAAUGAACGAGAUGAAAUAAACUGUGCUAACUAUCGGAUGAGCAACUGGACCUUG